AUGAACUUGAGGGAAGAAAAUAACUAUGUUUUUGACAUAAGGUUGACUAAACUUAUGGGUUUAUAUCAAAUUUUGGAUCCCCAAACCAAACGAUUUCUAGGUCGAAAUGUCUACCAUAUUGCUAUAGCAUUCAUUGUAAUGUACGUAUUUACAAAUACGAUAGUGGUUAGUUAUAGCUUUUUGCACUAUUCGUACUAUUUAAUAGACAAUAUGUCUACAAGCAUGGAAAACCUCUGGUUAGCGGAAAAUACGUUCUUCAUUCUCUACAAGAUUUGGAUAAUUAUCCACCAUUCAAGCAAAAUAUGGAACUGCCUGUCGAUUACGCGGUACGGAUUUACAUCUUUCGGCUUCGGAAGGAGACAUAUACUGGAUCAUUGGCGAGAACGUUCAAUCAUGUUCACGGCGUUAUUUACCAUAAUGUAUUAUAUUUGUCCGUUUAUUAUGAUAUUCAUCUCACAUUUAUUCAAUAAAAGUAUAACACCAAUACACAAUCGAGACGGUUCGGUUAGCUAUUACCGACAAAAUAUCUUAAACUACUAUAUUCUUGUGUCUGAUGAAACUUACAAUGCAAAUUAUCACGUGUUUUACUUUCUCGAAGCAUCGGCCCUACUUUGUAUUGCAACAUUAUUCAUUAUGUUUGAUGUACUUCUAAUUACACUAUACUUUGGUAUUUGCGUUCAGAUGAACAUAAUUGGCUCUGCGUUCGAAUCAGUUGGACAUAAAUCUAUCUCGGGUCCUCAUUCUCCGAUUGAUUUCUAUGAUGUUAUUUAA